AUGGCUGAGGAGGAUGAGGGACUCGUUCUCGACACGCUGUUCUUCGCGACCAGCAAGGUCAAUGGCUGGGCCUUUCUCUCCUCGGCUUGGCCACAGGUGCCAGAGAAGGCGGCGGCGGCGGUGGCGGCGGUGUUUCCUGAUGUGGCGCGAUGCCGAAUCGCCAUUACACUCGGCGGUGCGAGGUACUCUUCGGCAUUGCACUACUUUCAAGCUACCAAGUACGACACGGUGCCGGCGGUCCAGAUCCUGCUCCGUGAUGCUGCCGAGGCUGGGACGCUCGCUGCUGCCGCCCGCCAGCUCCGCCGCGAGCGCCCGCUGAGCGAGGCGCAGCAGGCGGCAUGGAAGCUGCGACGGGUCAAUGUCAUGCGCGAUGGCCUUCUUGCGUUGUAUGUGCAGCAUCCACCGCUCGCUGCGGCUCUGCUAUCGUCGGCACCGCGGCCGCUUGCAAAGUCGCCGUUCCGCUCAGAGUCGUUCUGGUCCGGUGGCUCGCCAAGCUCGGCCAACGUCAUGGGCGAGACCCUGAUGUGGAUCCGCCUCGUCCUUGGUGGCACGCCGGUGCCGCCGAUGGCAAGUGCAGCGGCACGGGUGCCGCUUGCGGUUCCGACGCUGCCGCCGGCGCGGGCGCUGAGCGACGCGCAGCGCGCCGCAUUCCGGACCCAAGGCCACGUGGUGGUCUCGGACGUGCUGCCGCGUGCGGCCAAGGCAACGGUCGAGGCUCACUUUCAGCUCUAUCUCGACUUUCUCGCCUCACGCUCGGGCUCGAACGCGCUGUCAAUCUUCGACUUUGCCACGCCUGGGAGUGUGGUGUCGCGGGCAGCACUGGCGACGCUCGGCGGUCUCCACGAUCCAGGCCAGCGGGCUGCUUUCUUCUCAGACGACGACUCUGUUUUGUUUUACGAUGGUGUGCGCAAAGUGCGACAGCCGCUGACAAUUGGAGAGCGCUCGUCCGGCAUAGUCUACGUCCACGGCCUGACGACGCCGCUCAUGUGGGUGCCCGAGGUGCUGGACCCGAUCUGCGAUGCAUAUGGUGUGGCCGAGCCGGGCGAGCUGCGCCUGGCCAACGAGUGCUUUCUCCUCAAGCUUCAGUCGUCAGCCAAGGUGGCACCACACAUGGACGUGCCGCCGUUUGAUCCCCGCCACACACUUGCAGACCGGGUCGCCGCCUACUACGUCGUCCGUCCCAUCACGUUCCGGAUCCUGCCCUGGAUCCAUGCCCCGUGGCUGACCAAGCUCUGGCGGCGGCUUUUCCACCCAUACCUCGGCGUUGAGGGUGCGCGCUGGCCGCCCGGAGCGCUUCGCUCGAAUCCACUGUUCUGGAUGGACAAGUCGACCAAGUACCCGUUCGACUUGGCCCUGCUCACAGCCUAUGUCAUCGCCUACGCACACGCGUGGACCGGAACGCCCGUCGACGUGCUGGCAGCCGAGUGUGGCGUUGCACGUCUGGCGCCCGAUCACAAGGUCGGUGAUAAGGCCCAACUCGACUUUGGACAGCUGCUCGAGCAUGCUGACGCGCUGGCGCGCUCAUCGGACGCAGUCCAGAUCCCGCCGACGCCGGAACUGAUGCCAGUCGGCGGCUACGCCUGGGUCACACUCUCUGCCAACGAUGGCGACCUAGUGCUGUUCUCAACCCCGCUGGCCGGCGUGCGGGCCGAUGAUCUCGCGGCGUUUGUGGUGCCUGUCUCGGCGUGGCGGCACGACGAUGUGGCGUCGCCGACUCCGCCACCGGCGUGGCCUGGCGACCCGCGCACGUUCUGGACGACGCACGGGGACGGUACGCGAUUCCCGGCCUUUGAGCGCGCCUUUGCGCUCUUCGCUGAGGCCCAGUUCCGUACUGCAGGCUUUGAGCUCCCGAUUCCCUGGUCCGACCUCAGGCACGAUGGAGCGUACUUUGACCCUGUCGUGCCGUGCCCGCAGGCUGCCGCCAUGCUUGGACUGCCGCCAGGCGCCACAUCAGUGACUAUGGGGGCGACGCCCGAUGCGCCGCUUGCCAAGUGGACAGUUGAUCAAGUGGUGGCGUGGUGCGUCGGCCAGCCCGAGCUUGCCAUCCACGUUGACGCUAUUCGCGCUGCGAAACUCGACGGCGCUGCAGUGGAGGCGCUCUCGACAUCCGAACUUGCGCGCGGCGCGAGCAUCCCGCUCGGGGUGGCGGCGCGAAUCCGCCGCGAGCUCGCGGGCGUCGGUCCGUCGAGCGCCAGAAGCAGCAGCAGCGACGGCGAGCUGAAGGAUGUUGACUUUGGCGCAAGUGCAGGAGCGGCCCAACUCGACUUUGGCGAGCUUGUCAUCGGCGACCAGAUUGGCUCUGGUGCGUUUGGGGUUGUGUAUGUGGGGAGCUGGCGCGGCGCCGACGUAGCGGUCAAGCGCCUGCGUGCUGCCGUCGACGGCCGCCACAUGGCCGCCUUUCUCCGCGAGGUGGCGACGAUGCACGGGCUCAAAGCCCACCCAAACAUUGUGCUCUUUCUGGGCAUGUCAGGAGUUGUCCUUCCGACUGGCAUCCGCGAACUGUACCUGGUCACCGAGUACUGCUCGGGCGGCUCACUCGACAAGCUUGUCUUCGACGGCCAGGUCACCAUUCCGGCCAACCGCAUGUUUCAGAUUGCGCUUGAGGUGGCAUCAGGUAUGAUGCACAUUCAUUCCGAGGGGCUCGUUCAUCGCGACCUCGCGCUCCGCAACCUGUUGGUGACCGGGCGCGGCUCCAUCAAGGUCGCCGACUUUGGGCUCUCCAAGACGGUUCUUGCCGAGGCUUCAAGCGUGGGAGAGGCUACCAGUUCGACGUUUGUGGGUCCGCUCAAGGCCAUGGCUCCCGAGUCGCUUCGCGGCAACCACGGGCCUCCAGCCGAUGUUUGGGCCUUUGGCAUCGCCAUGUGGGAGCUUGUCACCCGCACGCCCGUCUUUGCCGACCUCACCGCGCCACAGGUUGCUGCCGGCGUUCUCGCCGCCGGCCUUCGCCCGCCGAUCGGCGAGUCCAUGCCGCGGCUCUGGGCCAACAUGCUGCAGGCGUGCUGGGCCGAGGUUCCAACCGCGCGUCCGACCUUUGCCGACAUUAUCUCGGUCCUCUCCCCGAAUUGA